CUGUGGGGAACACCCCGCCGCCCUCAGAGCUUUUUCCGUGGCGCAGCCUCUCUGCCCGAGCCAGGCGCGGAGCUGCCGGGGGCUCCUUAGCACCCGGGCGCCGGGGCGCUCGCCCUUCCGCAGCCUUCACUCCAGCCCUCUUGUUCCCGCAAGCCAUGAGAUCGCCCUUCUACCGCUGCCAGAACACCACCUCGGUGGAAAAGGGCAACUCGGCGAUGAUGGGCGCGGUGCUCUUCAGCACCGGCCUCUUGGGCAACCUGCUGGCCCUGGGGCUGCUGGCGCGCUCGGGGCUGGGGUGGUGCUCCCAGCGUCCACUGCGCCCGCCGCCCUCGGUCUUCUACGUGCUGGUGUGUGGCCUGACGGUCACCGACUUGCUGGGCAAGUGCCUCCUAAGCCCCGUGGUGCUGGCUGCCUACGCUCAGAACCGGAGUCUACGGGUGCUUGCGCCCGCAUUGGACAACUCGCUGUGCCAAACAUUCGCCUUCUUCAUGUCCUUCUUUGGGCUCUCCUCGACACUGCAACUCCUGGCCAUGGCACUGGAGUGCUGGCUCUCCCUAGGGCACCCCUUCUUCUACCGACGGCACAUCACCCUGCGCCGGGGCGCACUGGUGGCCCCGGUGGUGAGCGCCUUCUGCCUGGCUUUCUGUGCGCUACCUUUCAUGGGCUUCGGGAAGUUAGUGCAGUACUGCCCCGGCACCUGGUGCUUUAUCCAGAUGGUCCACGAGGAGGGCUCGCUGUCGGUGCUGGGGUACUCUGUGCUCUAUUCCAGCCUCAUGGCGCUGCUGGUCCUCGCCACCGUGCUGUGCAACCUCGGCGCCAUGCGCAACCUCUACGCGAUGCACCGGCGGCUGCAUCGGCAGCGGCGCUCCUGCCCCAGGGACCAUCCCAAGCUGCGUGUGGACGGGAGGGAAGCGUCCCCGCAGCACCUGGAGGAGCUGGAUCACCUUCUGCUGCUGGCACUGAUGACCGUGCUCUUCACUAUGUGUUCUCUGCCCGUAAUUUAUCGCGCUUACUAUGGAGCAUUUAAGGAUAUCAAGGAGAAAAUCAGGACCUCUGAAGAAGCAGAAGACCUCCGGGCCUUGAGAUUUCUAUCUGUGAUUUCAAUUGUGGACCCUUGGAUUUUUAUCAUUUUCAGAACUCCAGUAUUUCGGAUAUUUUUUCACAAGAUUUUCAUAAGACCUCUUACGUACAGGAACUGGUGCAGCAGUUCCACUAACAUGGAAUCUAAUCUGUGACAGUGUUUUUCACUCUGUGGUGGGCUGAGGAAUAUGUCACAUGUUCAGUCAAAGAACCAUGAUUUAAAAAAAAAAAACUUACAAUUUAAAUCCUUAGAAGUUAUCUUCCAUAACAAAAGCACGUAUAUGUAUUUUCAAAAGUAUCUGAUAUCUUAACCAUGUGUUACCAUUCUAUAAUCAUGAACCCCUUCAGUGCAUUUUCACUUUGUUGUUAAUAGCAACUAAAAUUUCAUAUAUUGUCACCAAUGUUAAAAUUCUUAAAAAAGCAAUGGUAUUGUCCCUACAUUUGUACUUGGUGGCCCUGUUUUGUUUAGAGAGGCCUUGAGACAUAUGGUCUUAUAAAAUAUGGUAGAAACACCACCAUUUAUGAUUAUGUGAUGGGCAUUCUUAAAAAGCAUAAUUUCUUACCCUAUUCAUUUUUUGGUGAAACCUGAUUCAUUGAUUUUAUAUCAUCAUUGCCCCUGUUUAGUUCAUUUCUUUGCCAAUUGAUCUAAGCAUAGCCUGAAUUAUGAUGUUCCUAAAGAAGUGAGGUGGGUAAUAUGACCAGGUCAGGCGGUUGGAGGGGCUUCUCCAGCCACCAUCAGGGAGUACUUGCUGCCUCAUGUGGAGACCUGAAGCUAUAACUAGACACAGAGCAAGAUAGGACUAUAGCCCACAACCCAAAGAAGCAAAAAUUCAUUUUUAUCUUUUGAAGUCCAGUUUCUUUUGUAUUAAGUCAAGGGUGUCAGUAGGAAUCAAAAUUUGGGGGUGGGUUGCAAAAUGUUCUUUCAGUUUUUAAAACCUCCAUUUUAUAAAAGAUUUAUCCUGUCAGUGGAUUCUUUGGUGGAAGGAUUUAUGCUUCUUUGAAAACCAGUGUGUGACUUACUGUAGAGCCAUGUUUACUGUUUGACUGUGUGGCACAGUGGGGCAUCUGGCACAGCAAAAAGCCCACCCAGGACUUAGCCUCAGUUGACGAUACUAACAAUGGCCUUAACAUCUACCUUAACGCUACCUAUUACAGCCGUUUUCUGCUGUCUGUGGAGACAGUAAGAUCUUAGGUUCCAAGAUUUUACUUCAAAUUACACCUUCAAAACUGGAGCAGAAUAUAGCUGAAAAGGAGCACAACUGAGCACUUUAAUAGUCAUUUAAACGUUUACAAGGGUCAGCAACAUAAUGAUCGAAAGGGAAACGUGGAGGAAAUGCAGCUGCAACUGAAGUGGAGACUCUAAACCCAGCUUGCAGGUUAGAGCUUUCACCUUUGGUAAAAGAACAGAUCGGGGAGGUUAGAGAGGUUUCAGCAUCUCUGGAGUUCCUUUGGAUCGGACACUCUCAGGACUCCGAGAUGCAAAGCCUGCUACAUUUGGGUAGUCUCAAGACCUCCAGCCAGAAGUCCCUUGCAAAGACAAGAGUACUCAUGUUUACUUAUUUCCAACUUAGCAGCAACCUCAUUUGUUUCACUUAUGUUUUUCCCGUAUCUCAGAGAUAAUAUAAAGCUGGGUAAUUUUUUAUGUAAUUUUUUGGUAUAGCAAAACUGUGAAAAAGCCAAAUUGGGAAUACAAGAAUUAUGAUUUGACAGUAUAACAUGAUGAAAAAAAUGCAGUUGUUUUUGAAAUUUAACUUCUGUUUGUAUCUUAAUGUGUAAGUACAUGUGUGUUUUAUUGUCAGAGGAAAAAUGUUUAUUGUAUUCUUUUUUGGAGAAGUGUGUCAUGAUAAUUGUCCAGUUAACUUGAAAAGGCCCCAGAUGAAUCAAUAAAUAUAAUUUUAUAAUA